ACAGCUUCAGCAGGGAUGCAGCUGCUGCUCUGUGCUCUGCCAACACCCAGGAGCACCCCAGCCCACCCUUUGCCCAGGGUUACGUGGCAGAGAGCUCUGCCGGGUGCUCCCUGCCCUCACAGCAGAGUCCACAAGUCCAGAGGGCAGCUUCCCCAAAUGCCUGUGGUGCAGAUGCAGCUGGUGAUGUGGGAAGUUUGUGCUGCCAGGCACUGCCAGGCCCAAAGCAGGUGAAAUGUACUCUGGGCACGAUGAAUGCCUGGCUGGGAGGUGGGAGGUGUGGUGGUACCAAAGGCAUUGCUGCUGUCAUGUGACAUCUGACAGUCUGCUUACAGGUUUUGGAGUGCUUGGAGGUUUCUGCCUGGGUCAUUCCCUGGUGAAAUAGUUUUUGCAGCAGAGCAGGGAUGCCAUGGAAAUCUGGGAGAAAAACAUCUCUGGCCCUGUGCUUGGAAAACUGCUGUAUGAGGUCCUGUUUCUUGCUCUUUCCCCAGUUCCACAGCACUAGCAGGCUGAAGCAUCAAACACCUGGGAAGCCCGCCAGUCUGUCCAGGCAGGAAGAAGAAAUGAUGGACAGCAGGACUGGCUUUGAUCAGGAUAGAGACUGUGCCACUCCAGGGCAUGGCCAGGGGCUGAAAUUGGAGCCCUGUUUCCAGACUGACUCUCUCUUGCCUUCCCCCAGUGCGUCCCUGAUACCACAGCUCCUCAGCCACACAGUGGUUGGCAGGAACCUGGAUCCAACCUUUUUCCCUUCCUCUCAGGCAGUGGUCUUGCCUCAUGACUACAAAUGUGGUGCCUGUCCUGGAGAAGAAGCACAAGCCCUGGCUUUCCCCAGGCCCCGUGCCCCAGCUCCUGUGCCCUGUGCUGGGGAUGGGGACCAGCUCUCCAGCCAGCACCCACGGGAGCAGCUCUGUGACCAGCACGUACGAGCCAAGCGGGCCAGGGUGGAGAGCAUCAUCCAGGGCAUGAGCCUCCCACCAACCCCGCAGGCAUUUGACUCGAGCCUGGAGGCAGCGGUUAGGCAGGAGAGGGAAAGAGGUGGUGAGAUGUCCCAGGAGAGCAAGAGGAAGCCAAGGGUGCCCCAGCAGGGCACGGGGGCAGCUGGAAGAGUGGCUCCCACAGGGGGCAGCUCCCAUGCCAAGGGCUGCCAGCAGCUGAAGGAGCAGCUCUGCUUUUUAGAGCAGCAGCUGAGGUGGCUUCAGGAGAAGUUCUACCAAGUCUGUGACUCUGAGGAUGCUGCCCAAACACAGGAAGAUUCUGAGAAAGUGCAGCCACUGCCUGGAAAGCCUGAAGACAGGCUGAACAAGGACAGGGCCACUUCCAGCAGCAACCCACGCAAAGUGCCUCUCAGAAGGAGUGUCCUCGAGGUGUGUGGGCUGGAGGAGGUGGAGGACAGAGGUGACACAGGUGGCCUGCCCUUGGCAGUGAGGGUACUCUCACAGGCACUGAAGCAUGAGCUGUCUGUGGUGACAUCCCAGGUAGUGGACUCUGUCCUGAAGACAGUCUGGCCAAAGGCAGACAGCCACAUCCAGAAGCAGCACCACAGCCUUCCGAUGCUGGGGCCAGAAGCCAGGAGAGAGUAUUCUGCUGGUGGGAAAUGCAGAAAGCCACUUGGUAAGCCAUCUCCUAUGAAUGCACCUGGCUCCCUGGGCUCACCCCAGGCUGAGGUCCUGCCAGGAGUUUUGGGGAAGAGCCUGGGUUCUUAUGCUGCCUCCUUCAACUCAAAGGGGGUCAGAAAAUCCUCUCGGGUACCCAGCAUGGGUUAUUCACUGGGCUCAGCCACCCCUGUCCAGCACAGCCAGCUGCUGAGCCAGCUGUUGGGCUAUGGCCAGCACAGCCUCUGGGGCAGCGACUCUCCUGAGAGCCCAUCUGCUCUGGAGAGGGGUUGUCCAGAGCCCCUCAAGUUGCCCUGGGGAACUGUUAAACUGAGGUCAUCGAUUGUGAGACAGCAGCAGCACCAUCCCCUGCCCCUGGGCCCUGCCAGCAUGGAGAGCCUGGCACUACUGCCAGCUGGCAGGGAUGGCCACGGUGAGCUGGCAGCUGCAAGUGAUGGAGCACCCUUUGCCUCGACCCACAUGCAGGAGGCACUGACCCCCGGGCACCUGAAGAAGGCCAAGCUGAUGUUUUUCUUCACCCGCUACCCCAGCUCCACUCUGCUGAAGACCUACUUCCUUGAUGUGCAGUUCAGCCGCUGCAUCACCUCCCAGCUCAUCAAGUGGUUCAGCAACUUCCGUGAGUUUUACUACAUCCAGGUGGAGAAGUUUGCGCGGCAGGCCCUGCUGGAGGGAGUUGUGGAUGCUUGUACUCUCCAGGUCUCCCGGGACUCAGAGCUCUUCCGUGCCCUCAACAUGCACUACAACAAGGGGAAUGACUUCGAGGUGCCAGGGCGGUUCCUGGAGGUGGCCAGCCUGACACUGCAGGAGUUCUUCAGUGCCGUCAGGGCAGGCAAGGAUGCCGACCCCUCCUGGAAGAAACCCAUUUACAAAAUCAUUUCCAAACUAGACAGUGACAUCCCAGAAGGGUUCAAAGCUGCUGGCUGCUCCCAAGAACUGCUCCACAGCUGAGUCUCUGUGAAAGCAGCCCUGGGUUGUGUGUGCAGCCACCAUGUGCACCUCCUGGGCACUCUGUACAGCACCUGUUAUUUGGGGUAUUCUCUCUCUGAGACAGCUCCUGAGGUGAGGCCUAUCACUUGCCUCUUUUGCUGGGAUUUUAUGCUGUGCAUUGUAUUCUGCUGCUCAGAACUGGUGAGGACUGCCAGAAGGGAGGGACAGAGAUGAAACCAUCAGGUUGGAGCCUGAGAAGUUGCCCUGCCCCAGAUCUCCCUAUGACCCUGACUGAGCCGCCUUCAUUCUCUCUUCCAGAGGGUCACAAACCAGGGCAAACAGCCUUGCUGUUUAUAAAACAGGAAGAGGUCCUAGUAGUGGGCAAAGUUUCCUUGGCACAGCAGACUAGCGGAUGUACUGAGUCCAAAAGCAUGACUCAGUUUCUGUCCAGAUACAACACACCAGUGUCCAAAGAAAACAGCUGGUGAAUUCCAGCGGCUCGAGCACUCCAUGGGGAUAGUUGUUCCUGUCUGGGAUAUGUAAAAACUAUGUUUGUUCUAGCCAACAAGAAUAACACUCUCCUCCACCUCCCCUGUGCUGUCAGACAAGACCCCCCUGUGCAGCUGUGUGCUGUGGCCAACCAGGUGUGUGCUCCCCAGCAGCAUCCUCUGGGAUGCUGGAGGAGAGCAGGCUGCACAGGCAGCUCUUCUUGGCACUCCAAAGAGUCUCCAUCAGCCCAUCACCUGGGAGGACAGCUCCAUGUUAAACACCCAUCCAUGUUCUCCCACACUGUGUUCCUGCUGGCAAAACUGCCCCAAGCAUCUCUGUUCUGCACCCUGCCCUUGGUGAAAGAGAAGAAUGUUAUUUGAGAUCCAUCAGUCCCUGUGGUUUUAACACAAGCUGGGGAAGAGCUGGGCCUUGACAUACACAACCCCAUUGCUGUAAGGGCUGUAAACUCAAGGAGGUUUCUUUAUCCUGUGGCCGAGACUUAGUGACCACUUUUCUACCUGAUGGAGCAUGGUGAAGUGUUUUGUGUUAAGGGCUCUCUAAUCCUCACAGAGGUGGCAGUGGAGAGGAAAAGGCUGUGAAGAGGAGGGAGUCCUGACAGAGGUAUGGCACGAGGGCACUGGGAGGGCAGUGAUGAGCAAUAAAACUCACACAAAACCCUCAGGGAGAAGACUGGGAAAAGGCCAAGGUAAUUUUGGAGGUGCUGUAAGGUGUCAGCUGGUACUAGAAUGCAGCAAGUGACUCUUGAGAGGAGAAGCACAGCUCCAGCAUCAGAUGAAUGCUUGGGGUGAUCCAUAGGCAAUGCAUCUACAGGAGUAAAGAAGUGGCAACAUCAGGACACAGUGGGGAGCUCCGAAACAGGGGCAGUUUGAAAAUGGUUCUCCCCAUUACGAGUGUGGCCACCAGAUUUCCUGCUCCUUUUUGUGUAUUUAUUUCUCCAAGUUUGUAUAUUUUACAACCCCAACACAAAAUUUACAUGAUUCCUUUUAAAAUAAACACAUUGUUUAAGUUACCCCUUUACAUCCCUGUAUACCUAUUUGAUAACAUCUGUUCUAAAGAGUUAUCCUAGAAGUUUCUUGCUUUUU